ACACAGUGAACUGGGGGAGAGCUGGGACGCAGGCUGCGGCUCUAAAACCCUCAAAAUCAACACAGUGAGCAGGGGGAGAGCUGGGACGCCGCCUGCGGCUCUAAAACUCACACUUGCGCACUUCGGCGCACCUUCAGUCCCGGAAAUGGUGCACCGGAGUCUGCCAUGUCAGCCUUUCUGUUGGCGAGACUCAAAAGAACUUAUCAGCUCCAAAGGAAACAUGGCUCUCAGCCCUGCGCCUCCGCCGAACUUCUCCUGGGUAGACCCUCAGAAAGUAGCUGGACUGGCUUUACCCUCGAGUCCGGAGCACUACCGGUCUCUGCUGCGUCACGGCGUCCAGCAUCUAGUGUGUUUGUGCGAGUCUAAACCCCCGCAUUACGACUCCUGUCCAGGACUGACCCUGCAUCACAUCGCCGUAGUGGACUUCACGCCUCCUAGUUUGGCACAGAUCCAGUUAUUUCUGUCCAUCGUUGAAAACGCCAAUUCCAAAGGAGAGGGUGUCGCAGUGCACUGUAUGCAUGGACAUGGUAGGACAGGGACCAUGCUGGCCUGUUACCUGGUCAAGGUGAAGAACAUCUCAGGAGUGGAGGCAAUAAAAGAGAUCCGGAAAAUUCGCCCAGGGUCCAUAGAGACAAAGGACCAAGAGCAAGCAGUGAUAAAAUUCCAACACUACCUCUGUGAUAAGGUCACUAAAGGUUAGGAUACAAGUGACAAGCUGUAGACAAUUUCUUUGGUAAGAUUUACAGUGUAAUGCAGUAACAAAGCCAUCAUAUUUAGCUAGAAUAGUAUUUUCUAACCCCAGUACUGAUGGCCCCUCUGUCCUGGGCGUAAGGCCAUCAUGGGUGUGUUACAGGAAGACCUGAAAACUGUGCAGAGCUGAAGUUGGGAAACACUGUUUUAAUGCAUGCUGAUACUAAACAAACAAUUCUGCAACACAGGUUUUCAGAGGCACACACCCAUGUAAUGUUUGGUCCACACCUGUAAACGAGGGAAGCUGUGGCUCUGUCCAAACAUCCUAUUAUUCCUGUUCAAACGGGCACUGGACACAAGUCACUACAAGCUUUAUGUACAUAUUUCUUUGAAGCACCAUGUAGGUGUGGUUUCUCUUUGUGCUGUGUGUUUUUGCAUUCCGUCUAUUCAGGUCAUGCCAUCUUUUAUGUAGGUACAUACAUUAAUACAUUAUUUCAUUUACAUCAGUGAAAUGUUUUCUUGUUUCUGUUUUUUCUCUGAAAAUAUCAUGAUUAGCAAUUCAUUUGGGUGCAAUAUUCUGUAUUAAGGCUGAGCUUUCAUCAGACACCACAUCUGACAAAAUCUUUUCUCCAGCUGCAGAUUAAAGGGUAAUUUUCAGCAUUUAAAUACAUUUCUGAUUAAUGGAAAUUAUUAAAUGUCAACAAGUGGUCCGAUGUGAACAUGGUUCUGGAGAAUCCUAAGCCAGAAUUGUUCAGUGUUGGUGAUAGGAACCAGACGUCUGAAUCAUUUAAUGCCCCUAAAAGCUCCCUCACAAAGUUUUUACAGGAAAUGGUUAUGAUGUCUGAGACAUUGUUUCAUAGUUUUGAGAAGGUUUUAGCCUAAAAUGUACUUUCUAAAAUCCAUUCAUGGUAGUGAGGUACAUGCAAGGAGUUCUAAAGCAAAAUAGUCUGCAAAAUAAACUUUUUCUUUCA